CACUUUCUACACCAUUAGAAUUUUCAGUUAGAUUCAGGUAAAAGGAUCUCUCAUUGAGAAGUUCCUAUUUAGGUGGUUCCUUGCUUUGGUCUUCUCUCUACAUCAAACAAUUUAGAGGAAGUUAUCUUUAGUAUUUCGUAUACUUCUGUUCAGUUACUGCUCUGUGGUUGACAUUUUAAGGUAUUGGAUCUGGAUUUCCAAUAUUAUCAGUUGGCAAACACUGUUCUUAAUUGGUUCUUCAAUGUUUUUGCUGAAGAUUUCAGUCAUCUUUUGUGGCAAAUUGUAUGAGAAUUGAUUUGGGUUCUCAAUUUUUUUUCUUCUUCAGUGUUACAAGGAGUUUCCUAGUUGGCUAGUUCUCAGCUCAAAAAUCUGUCUAUAAGGAAAGAGAAGGCUUUGUGUUAAAAGAGUUCUUGAAUCAUUGUGGCAAUUGAAUCUGAUUUCUGGUUAUGAGAAUUUGAGGUGGGUUUUUGGUGGGUGGUUCAUCAAUGGCUAGUGAAGAUUUAAUUGAGCUCAAAUUCAGGCUUGCUGAUGGCACCGACAUAGGGCCAACCAAGUAUAGUCCAGCUACCACAGUGGCAUCUCUCAAAGAAAAAAUACUUGCACAAUGGCCCAAAGAAAAAGAAAAUGGUCCAAAAACAAUAAACGAUGUGAAGCUUAUCAAUGCUGGAAAGAUACUGGAAAAUAAUAGAACAAUUGCAGAGUCCAGGCUCCCAGUUGGUGGUCUCCCAGGUGGUGUAAUCACUAUGCAUGUUGUUGUGAGGGCUCCUCUUCCUGACAAAAACAACAAAGUGCACAAGGAUUCUCCAUCGACGAUGUGCUGUUCAUGUUCCAUCUUGUAGCUCCCAAGUAACAACAUCAACACAGAGCUUAUUAUUUCAAUUAAUGUUAGUGUCUCCAUGUGCUUCUGUUAGAUACUUGCCGAGAUUCUGUGUAGAAACUCGGUCCCUGGUUUUAAUCAGAUGCAGAAACAAGAAGCUUGGAGGUUCUUUGCCAGACAAACUUUUACUUUGAUGCUGUGGUUUUCUUCAGUAACAAACAACACCUUGUGGUUCCUUCAUUGCUUGUGGAAGAGGAAUUGAGCCAAUUGCUGGAUUUGAAGCUUCAUUUAUUAAGAGAGUUUUCUUUGCACAAUGAUGAAAGGAAAAAAAAAGGAUUUAAAAAGAAAAGAAAAGUUACAGAAGAAACAAUUAUUGGUUUGAGUUGGGGUCCAUUAUUAAACUGCUUAGAAGAAUAAACUUUCAGAUGACAUGUAAACAUUAAGAUGACCGCUACUAUGUUCAGCUUUUAUCAACUUCAUAAUUUUAGGCUGA